AUGGCUUUCAUGAUGCCAGUUGUUAAGAAUGAUUACGACAUCUACAAAUCAGCUAGGUCCAGGCGAGCAUCUGAAUGUUCCAACCCAAGCGGUUGUAGAAGUCGAAAAAUCUCUGAGUGCUCUAAGUCAGAAGGACCUUCCUUGUCAACAUCACCUGGAAGUGAUUACAAUGUGGGUUCACCUGCACACCGGUCAGUGCCAAUUUCCAUGUCAAGGCAGUACUCCAGAUCAUCCAGGAACUCCCAGAGUAGUCUUCAGUCGCCUUGUAAGAGCAGUUCUUCGUCGCCUCCAAAAUCAGGAUCGGCGAAUUCGCUCAACAAGUUCCACAACCGGCUCGUUGACAGGCUGAAGAGGUCUUUGAAGUGCAAGGAUUCUUCAGAUGGUGAGUUCAUGGAAACGCGCGGUGAGACAACUUGGCUGCUGAUGGGGAAGAAUCACCAUGACGGGAGCGAACGGUGUAGUCACCGGCCCGUCCAUCACCUGCUAGCCAGGAUUCUGACAGGCCACCUGUAUAGCCUACUAUCAGCUUAGAACAUACUUCAACAUCUUUUUAUUUUAUUAUUUUAUUUUCUAUUUAUAGUUAUGUUUUCUUGUGAGAAAUGUAUUUGGAAAUCAGUGGAGUUCCAAUGAGAGAUGCUGAUGUUGAAUUUAAAGAAUAUUUUUCUAUUGGGCAUCAGCAAUUAAACGGCCUUUUGUAGCUUUAAUUUAUUGCUAUACGUUUUAUUAGUCAGUUGAUUAAAUAAAUAAAUAAAUGUCGCAAAGCUGUUUAAUGUUGGCUCUCUCUAGAGCCAGAAAAAUAACAUAACAAAAAAGGCCAAAGUAGUCUUUUCUAAAACGUUUACUGUGAUUAUUCACAUUAGUUUUGAAAUGUGUUCCCUGGAAGGUUCCAUUUUUAAAAAUUAAGUAAAUAUUUUUUUUUCUGUUACUUAAGAAAAGUUCUAUAUUUAAUGUAGAUUGUAGUCUAUGGCCGAUAUAUAUGUCAAUUAUAUCGGUAGUUGUGGUGACAAAGUUUCAUGUUGAGAAAUGAAUUGAUAAUCAGUUGAUGGAAUGAAUUUUGUAAAAAAUCAUUCUCCCCCUCUAGUUUUAAGUAAAAGAAAAAUUACAGGAUUUGAUUACUGCCUAACAGGAACAUUUAAUUUUCUAUUUCCUCACUUUGCAGUGUUCAGUUCACAAGUCAAUUGAAUUUAAGAGACUUGCCUACUUAUUGGUUAACUCUUGCCAAAUAGAUAGAAUGUUCACAUUUUUAUUUUUAGUAUAUUUUAUUUAAAGACUUAUUAGGUUUAAUUAUUUACUUACAACACCUUGCUUUAGUGAUUGAGUAGUAGAUAUUAGUUGUAUAUUUGUAUUAUUUUAAGCUAUUGGGAUGUAUGUAUCCAUUUCCAUUCCUUUAUUUUAUGUUUCAUUGGACUGCUUUGAUUCUUGUGAAGAAAAAAUUCAUUAGUGGUCCCUAAAACAUUUAAUUUAUACAGAGUAUAUUAUUGACUGAUAUUAAAAUAUUCAGGAUAUUUUAUGACCAUGUAUAAAAGUAGAGAAAAUAUAUUGAUGUUAUAAUGUUUUCUUAUUAUUUAUUAAACUUUUGGGAUAAAAAUGCAGUUUUCGCUUUUAAAAAAAGUUAUGAAAGAAGACCGAAUCGAAUCAUUUGUUUUGUUUUAUUUAUGUUAAGUUGUUAAACGGAAAGACUAGAUUGUUUUAUUAGAGAUAUUGUAUGUAUUUUGUAUUAUACAUAUGUUAUUAUUACUAUGAUAAUGAAAUGGAUCUAGUUAUGUUAAAAGGAAGACUGUGAUAAGUUUAUUACGAGAAAAUAAUUAUUCAUAAUAUAAUAUUUCUGGCCAUGGUUUGGUUUCCUUAAAAUAUUUAAUUUAUUAAAGUUUAUUUCUUCAGUUUUGCCUUAAAUAUAAUGCUCAAGUGCCUUUCUCAAAAAUAGCUGACCUUUUGGUGUUUAUCUCCUAUUUUUUAAAGAAUUUAUUUGCUAGAGAAAAAAAAAUAUAAUGUAUAAUCCAUGGUUUCUAUAUGCCAAAUAAAGGGAGCAAACUAUUACAUAGUUGAUCAAACAAAAUUAAGCUAAGAAAUUAAUAAGACUUAAAUUUUACCAAAAACUUUACCUGUUACGUUACUACAGCUUUAGACUUUCAUUGUACUAUAUGUGUACAAAUAUUUAUUAGAAUUUUGGUAAAAAUAGAAAUAGAAGGAUAACCAAAGUUUGGUUUAAUUUAUUUGGCAUAGAAUUUUAUAUAUGUUAAGUUUGCUCAUUUGAUUACAUUUAUAAGCAUUACAAAUUUCAUGGUCCGAUUAUUAAUUUUUUUAAUAUUUACAUUAUGGAAAAUGAAAUAAUAGUUCAAAAAUAGAGCUGGUUAAUUAGUACAGUGGUCAUCAGUCAAUAUCUCACUCUAGUUAUACUUAGACUUUUUACAAUCAUCUUUUUUAAUUUUUUUGUAAGGCCGUUAUUGAAGUAUACAUGUGUGUUCUUAUUAAAUUAAUGUAUUUUCUAAGUGCUUUAAAUUAUUAUAAUAGCUCUUUUUUUUUUUUUUUUCGUAAUACUUAUAUGUUGCACAUUUUUGUUUUAAAUUCAUAUAGUUU